CUCAGGCGUUAUAGGUACUUGUCGGCUGGGCAUAGAGGCAUUGUCUUGGGCCCGCGAAGAUGAAGUUCUCGGUAAUAUUUGCGUUCGCGUGUUGCACUUUAGCUCACAGAGCUAUUGCUGAUCACCCUUACGAGCGAGACAUUACUUACAUCAAUGGACCGACUGAAGAGGAAACUAUUUCAAGAUCGAGCUCCAGCAGCGGUGGUAGUUCAUUCAGCAGCUCAAGUUCCGAAUCUUCAUCAAAUGCUCAACUGAACGCCUUCAGCAUUGAUCAAAGCAUUAAUCAAAAUAUAGCCGAACAACAAAGAGAACAACAAUUAGAAAAUGCGAGAAUCCAAGAACAAAACGACAGGAUUUACGAAGAAAAUAGGGAAAAAAGUUUAGGCACAUGGAAUAGCCAGUCCUCAAGUCAAAGCAGUUCUUUAUCAUCAAGUGAAUCAGAGUCCAAUCAAUCUUCAAGUCAAUCUAGUUCAGCAAGUUCCUCAUCAAGCCAGAGUGAACAAGAUGAAGCCACGAGAAUCCAAGAAGAGAACGAGAGAAUUUUCGAGGAAAAUAGAGAAAGGAGCUUAGGCCAUUGGAACAGUGGGUCUUCAAGUCAAAGCAGUGCAUCGUCAUCAAGCCAGGCACAAAGCGAAAGCGAAUCCAGUUCGCUGCGUGAACAGGAAAAUCAAUCUCAUAGUUCUAGCUCUAGCGAGAGUGCAUCUAAUGCACAAUCAUCUUCAGCAACGGAGUCUUCUAACUCAAGCAGUGAAUCUGCUUCCAACAGCCAGUCAUCUAGCAACAGUGGAUCUGCCAGCAAUACUGCCGGGUCAAACAGUCAGUCAUCAAGUGGAUCAAGUAGCAACAGUCAGACAUCUUCCAACGGAUCGUUUACUGAGAGUGAUUCCUCCAGUGAAGCGUCGAGUGGGUCAUCUAGUCAAUCUUCUGGAAAUAGCGGAUCUUCCAACACUAACUCAAGUGGCAAUAGCCAAUCAUCUACAAGCAGCGGGUCAUCAAGUGGGUCAUCUAGCCAAUCUAAUGAAUCCGCUUCUGAGAGUGGUUCAUCUAGCGGUAGCCAAUCUUCCAGUGGCUCGUCUAGUCAGUCAUCUGGAAGCAGUGGAUCUUCUACCAAUAAUAAUUCAAGUGGCAGCACCCAAUCAUCUACUGGAUCUUCUUCUAAUAGUGGUUCUUCCAGCGCUAGUCAAUCUUCUAGUGGAUCAUCUAGCCAAUCUAAUGAAUCUGCUUCUGAGAGUGGUUCAUCUAGCGGUAGCCAAUCUUCAAGUGGCUCAUCUAGUCAGUCAUCUGGAAGCAGCGGAUCUUCUUCUAAUGGUAAUUCAAGUGGCAGCAGCCAAUCAUCUACUGGAUCUUCUUCUAAUAGUGGUUCUUCUAGCACUAGUCAAUCUUCUAGUGGGUCAUCUAGCGAAUCUAAUGAAUCUGCUUCUGAGAGUGGUUCAUCUAGCGGUAGCCAAUCUUCAAGUGGCUCAUCUAGUCAGUCAUCUGGAAGCAGUGGAUCUUCUUCCAAUAGUAAUUCAAGUGGCGGCAGCCAAUCAUCUACUGGAUCUUCUUCUAAUAAUGGUUCUUCCAGCACUAGUCAAUCUUCUAGUGGAUCAUCUAGCCAAUCUAAUGAAUCUGCUACUGAAAGUGGUUCAUCUAGCAGUAGCCAAUCUUCCAGUGGAUCAUCGAGUCAAUCUAAUGAUUCUGCUACUGAAAGUGGGUCAUCUAGCCAAUCUUCAACUGGCUCAUCUAGCCAAUCAUCUGGAAGCAGCGGUUCUUCUUCCAACAGUAAUUCAAGCGGCAACAGCCAAUCAUCGACUGGAUCGUCUUCUAAUAGCGGUUCAUCCAGCAGUAGUCAAUCUUCAAGCGGCUCAUCGUCUCAAUCUUCAUUAAAUAGCGGAUCUUCAUCUAACAGUAAUUCGAGUGGCAAUAGCCAAUCUAGUGGAUCUUCUUCAAACAGGGGCUCUUCAAGUAGAAGCCAAUCAUCAGCUGAAUCUUCUGCUGAAAGUGGUUCAUCUAGCAGCGGUCAAUCAUCUAGUGGCUCAUCUAGCCAAUCAUCUGGAAACAGAGGAUCUUCUUCCAACAGUAAUGCAAGCAGUUACGGUCAAUCAUCAUCCAAUGGAUCUUCUUCAAACAGCGGCUCUUCAAGUAGAAGCCAAUCAUCAGCUGAAUCUUCUGCUGAAAGUGGUUCAUCUAGCAGCGGUCAAUCAUCUAGUGGCUCAUCUAGCCAAUCAUCUGGAAACAGAGGAUCUUCUUCCAACAGUAAUGCAAGCAGUUACGGUCAAUCAUCAUCCAAUGAAUCUUCUUCAAACAGUGGUUCUUCUAGUGGUAGCCAAUCAUCAAGCGGCUCGUCUAGCCAAUCUUCUGUAAACAGUGGGUCUUCUUCUAACAGUAAUACAAAUAGCAAUAGCCAAUCAUCAUCUAAUGAAUCUUCUGCUGAGAGUGGUUCUUCUAGCAGUAGUCAAUCUUCUAGUGGAUCAUCCAGCCAAUCGUCUGGUUUGUCCAGUGGUAGCCAAACAUCGAGCGGCUCAUAUAGCCAAUCUUCGGGAAACAGCGGAUCUUCCAACCAGAGUGGUUCGUCUGCUCAAUCUUCAAGUUCUUCAAACUCCGAGUCCGGAUCUGGCACUAUCGUUCAACCAGGCGGCCGAAUACGACCAACUCGACCUGGUCAGAUAGGAGGUUCUUCCAGUUCCAGUGGCUCCCAGAGCUCAUCAUCUUCACAAUCUUCCCAAGAAUCAUCAGCCCAACAGUCAUCCUCGCAAAGUGGUUCGAGUUCACAAUCCUCUAGCUCUUCUAACUCUAACCAGUCAGGAUCUGGUACUAUCAUCCAACCUGGUGGCCCAAUUCAACCAGUACGACCAACCCGACCUAUUCAGACAGGUGGUUCUUCCAGUUCCAGUGGCUCCCAGAGCUCAUCAUCUUCCCAAUCUUCUCAAGAUUCGUUAACUCAGCAGUCAUCGACUCAAAGCGGUUCAAGUUCACAAUCCGGCUCUUCUUCAACUUCCAACCAGGCAGGAUCUGGCACUAUCAUCCAGCCAGGAGGCCCCAUUCAACCCGUGCAACCAGGACGCCCUAUUAGACCCGUGUCAGGAUCCAGCAGCUCAAGCGGUUCUCAAAGCUCAUCAUCUUCACAAGUGUCAGGCCAACAAUCUUCAUCACAGAGCGGCUCCAGCUCCCAAUCUUCAAGCUCUGCAAAUUCCUACCAGACAGGCUCUGGCACGAUAGUUCAACCAGGAGGUCCCAUACAACCUGUACAACCUGGUGGUCCUAUCCAGCCAGUGGAACCAAGCCCCGUGCAACCUUUGCAGCCAGGAGGCCCAAUCCAACCGGUCCAAUCUGGAUCUUCAAGCUACGCUCAAGGUUCUUCAUAUGCUUCGACCAACCAAGAAAGUUCCACAGGAUACUCUCAAACAUCAACCCAGGGUUCCUCCAACACCUACGGACAACCAAUAGGCCAACAGCCAAUAGGCCAACAACCAAUCUACUGGCAACCAGAACAGCAAACAAGCGCACAAAGUUCGUCGCAGAGCGCCUCACAAUCUUCUGCCAACCAAGCCAGCUCUUACAGCGGUUCUCAAGCCUCAAGCCAGAGUACCAGUUACCAAGACCAACCAGUAUAUGCCCAACCAAUAUACAAUCAACCCGAAUAUGCCACUACUUCAUCUCAAUCCCAAAGUGCAAGCGACGCCCAAAGCAGUACUUACCAAUAUGGACAACCAGGCCGCCCUGGUCUCCCAGUUCAGCCAGGUUCAAGCUACGGCUCUUCACAAAGUGAGAGCAAUUCACAGAGCAGUUCCUCAUCAGAGAUCGACAACAGAAGAGGCAGAUAUGACCUGACUAGACCCAGCAGAGGAGUGGAAACGGACAUGAACCUCAACACCCUAUUCAUCAACGAUGGAACCAAAGACGGAAGAUGCUACUGCUCCUGUGGACUCAACAGGAAACCAAUCUUCCUCACCGUCGAGCCAAACCAACUCGGCCUUUAAGUUGAACCUUAAUAACCAAAUCAGCCUUUAAGUUCAACCUUAAUAAUCAACUCAGCCUUUAAGUCCAACCUUAAUAAUCAACUCAGCCUUUAAGUUCAACCUUAAUAAUCAACUCAGCCUUUAAGUUGAACCUUAACAACCAUGUCGGCCUUUAAGAUAACCUCCAAAUUGAACCUUAAUAAUAUACUUUGCCUUAAGUUGUACCUUAAUAGUAACACCACGUAGAUGAAUACAGAGCCAGCAUAAAGUUCAAAAGUUCUUUGGUCUUGAUAUUUAAGUUAAGUUUAUUAAAGUGACAUUCAGUCAAUAUUUUUUUUCCCAAACACAUUAAAGUGAUGUAUUAUUAUAAAUACUACAAACCCAAAAUAAAGUUAAAUAGUAUUUCUUCUAA